AUGGCAUCCGGAAUACCAUAUACGCCGAAACCGGCCACGGACAUCUUUACUCCCUAUCAGACGGACAUCAACCGGCGCGAAUGCAAACGCACCGUGCCGAUGAGAGUGCUGGCCCUCGGUCUAGGAAGGACGGGGACAGCCUCGCUUCGCGCAGCUCUCCAGGAGCUGGGAUACACUGACACGUACCACAUGAUGUCCGCCAGCGUUGAGAACCCGCCAGAUUGUCUGUGCUGGAUGGAUGCCUUUGCUGCGAAGUACGAAGGAAAGGGAAAGUUCGGCCGUGAAGAAUGGGACGCUCUGCUCGGUCACUGCCAGGCGGUUUGCGACUGGCCGGCUGUGGCAUUUGCCAAAGAACUGAUUGAGGCUUACCCAGAAGCCAAGGUCAUUAUCACCACGAGAGAUGUCGAUUCAUGGCACAAGUCGGUCAUGAAGACGGUCAACUGGCGUGCCAAUGACCCGGAGCUCAAAGCUGUCGCCAACUUCGACUGGGCCGCUGGUCUGUAUUAUCCCAUGCUACGCAAGUUCUGGACCUACUUCUUCUACGACGACUUCGAGAACCGUGGCAAAGAAAGGUUCCACGACUACUACAAGGAGAUUCGAGAACUUGUGCCGGCUGGCGAGUUGCUCGAGUACCGAGUUAGCUCGGGCUGGGAGCCUCUGUGCGACUUCCUUGGUGAACCCGUGCCGGAGACACCAUUUCCCAAGUCCAACGACGCGGAGCAUUUUGUGCAGAGAUGCCGAACACAGAACCGCAAACAGAUGAUGAAUGUCGUCUUCCGUGCUCUGGUUGUCGGAGUUCCUGUUGUGGCCACUGCUUUGUCGGCAACGUUCGCCUACACCCAUUACCUGCCCAAGUUCGCACACAGUGCCAUCUGGCCAACAAGCUCUUAG